AUGGGACACACCAGCCUGGAGAAGAUAAUUGCACUGCAAAACCCAGCCAACAUCAGAAACUUGUGCAUUCUGGCACAUGUUGACCAUGGUAAAACGACCCUGGCUGACUGCUUAGUUGCAAGUAAUGGUAUCAUAUCAAGCCGACUGGCUGGGAAGCUGAGGUAUCUGGACAGCAGAGAGGAUGAACAAGUCAGAGGAAUCACCAUGAAAUCCAGUGCCAUCUCUCUGCACUACAGAAACGGAGAUCAGGAAUACUUACUGAAUCUGAUAGACUCUCCUGGUCAUGUUGACUUUUCCUCGGAAGUUUCCACGGCUGUCAGGCUGUGUGAUGGAGCCAUCGUGGUUGUUGAUGCUGUAGAGGGAGUAUGCCCACAGACUCAGGCUGUGCUCCGUCAGGCAUGGCUGGAAAACAUCAGGCCUGUUCUGGUUAUCAAUAAGAUAGACCGACUCAUCAUGGAGCUGCAGCUGACCUCUCAGGAAGCUUACACCCACCUGCAGAAGAUCCUGGGACAGGUGAAUGCCAUUACAGGGACUUUGUUCACAUCUAAAGUGCUGGAGGAGCGAGCAGAAAAAGAGAAGGGGGAGGAGAAAGAGAGCGAGACAUUAAGUGGAGAUCAGGUUUUUGACUGGAGCGCUGGGCUGGAAGAGGUUGACGACUCCCACCUCUACUUUUCUCCUGACCAAGGAAACGUUGUCUUUGCCAGUGCCAUAGAUGGAUGGGGUUUCAGCAUCCAGCAGUUUGCCCACAUCUAUAGCCAGAGAAUGGGUAUUAAGGCAGGGGUGCUCCUUAAAACCUUGUGGGGAGAUUUCUACCUCAAUGCAAAAGCAAAGAAGAUCAUGAAAGGAGCUCAGGCCAAAGGAAAGAAGCCACUGUUUGUACAGUUUGUGCUGGAUAACAUUUGGAGUUUAUAUGAUGCAGUUGUCACUAGGAGAGACAGGGAAAAGGUGGAGAAGGUGGUGGCAUCACUCGGGAUAAAGGUGAUGGCCAGGGACUUGCGUCACUCUGACCCCAAAGUCCUCCUGUCUGCCAUCUGCAGCCAGUGGUUACCUGUAUCCCAGGCUGUCCUCUCGAUGGUGUGUGAGAAGCUUCCCAGUCCGUUAGACAUGGCAUCAGAGAGGGCAGAGAAACUAAUGAGUGUUGGAGCGCGCCGAUUUGACUCAUUACCUGGACAGACACAGAAACUGAAAACAGCAUUCCUGCAGUGUUCAAGCGAGGAAAAUGCUCCAGUUAUCGUGUUUGUGUCCAAGAUGUUUGCUGUGGACACCAAGGCCUUGCCUCAGCACAAACCGAGGCCAUUGACCCAGGAAGAGAUUGUGCAGCGCAGGGAGCUGGCUAGACAAAGACAUGCUGACAGGAUGGCAGCUGAUCAGACAGCAGCAGAGAGCCACAAAGAGCUCGCCCACUCAGAGAGUAUGUCACAAGAAAGCCAGCCUGCAGGACUCAACACCGCUAUGAUGGAAAGUCUGACUGUAAAAGACUCAAAGCCAGAGGAGGAAGAAGAACUGAAGGAGAUUUUUAUAGCAUUUGCCCGGGUCUACAGUGGGGUGGUCAAGAAAGGACAGAGGGUGUUCGUACUGGGACCAAAGUAUGACCCCGCCCUGGGCCUAAGCAUGGUUCCAGAGGGAUGUAAUGCAUCAGAUUGUGUGUCUGAGGUACCUCACCUGUCCUGUUGUUCCAUGGAAAGCCUUUACCUGCUGAUGGGCAGAGAGCUAGAAGAGCUGGAAGAGGUCCCUGCAGGAAAUGUCCUGGGUAUCGGAGGGCUAGAGGAGUGUGUCUUGAAGUCGGCCACCCUGUCAAGCACCCCUGCUUGCCCACCAUUCACCCCACUCAACUUCGAGGCCACGCCCAUUGUUCGAGUUGCAGUAGAACCCAAACAUCCAAGUGAGAUGCCAAAGCUGGUGCGCGGGAUGCGUUUGUUAAAUCAGGCAGAUCCCUGUGCUGAGGUUCUGAUCCAAGAAACAGGAGAACAUGUUCUGGUCACUGCUGGUGAGGUUCAUCUGCAACGCUGCCUGGAUGACCUCAGAGACCGGUUUGCCAAAAUUGAGAUCAGUGCGUCUAAGCCCAUAAUUCCAUUCAGAGAAACAGUGGUUCGUCCUCCAAAAGUGGAUAUGGUAAACGAGGAGCUGGGCAAGCAGCAGAAAGUUGCCAUCAUUCAUCAGGUGAAAGAAGAGCCUUCUCAGGGUCGUUCGUCUGACACUCUACUUGUGGACCCCAGUGGCCUGGUUACGCUCACCACUCCCAAUAGACUGGCCACUGUCUGCGUUCGGGCAAUACCACUGCCACAGGAGGUGACCCAGCUGUUGGAGAGUAACUCGGAGGUGAUUCGAACUCUGGAGCAGAUAAACAUGUCCCUGAGGGAGGGGAAGAGUCUGGACAUCAGCCUCAGAACCUUAGAGGCCAUUGCUGGAUUAAAGGACCAACUGGACAGUCUUCUGCAAGGGAGGAAGUGGAGGAAUGCUGUGGAACGUAUCUGGGCCUUUGGGCCUCGCAGGUAUGGUCCCAACAUUCUGCUAAACAAUGUGGAAUCCUACCAGCGGCCCUCGGUGUGGCAGUGUCUGGGUCGGGGAGACAAAACCGGUGAGGCAGGAUCUCAGGCUGCUGUUCUACGGGACUUUGACAACAGCAUCAUCAGCGGCUUCCUGCUAGCAACUCUGUCAGGGCCCAUGUGUGAGGAGCCUCUAAUGGGAGUUUGCUUCUGUGUGGAGAGGUGGGACGUCCAGUCUUUAGCCCCAGCACAGCAUCAGGAAUCCUUUGACGAGGACUCUAUAUCCCAUAAGGCUUUAGCUGACAAUGAAGUAGAAAGGAGCAGCGAGAUAUCUGCACAGACGGAGGACAUGGAAGCAGGUCUGAGCCAGGCCGGACGCAGACCAGAACCUGCCUCUGCAGACUGCUAUGGGCCGGUCUCUGGCCAGCUGAUUGCUGCCAUGAAGGAGGCCUGCCGUCACGCCUUCCAGACUCAGCCCCAGAGACUCAUGGCUGCCAUGUAUACCUGUGAGAUCAUGGCCACUGCAGAGGUGCUGGGCCGAGUUUAUGGUGUACUGGGAAAACGAGAGGGUCGAGUCCUCCAUGAAGAGAUGAAGGAAGGUACAGACAUGUUCAUCAUCAAGGCUGUUCUGCCCGUGGCUGAGAGCUUUGGAUUUGCAGAUGAGAUCCGCAAAAGGACCAGCGGAUUGGCCAGUCCACAGCUGGUCUUCAGUCACUGGGAGGUGAUCAGCAGUGAUCCAUACUGGGUUCCCACCACGGAGGAAGAAUACCUGCAUUUUGGGGAGAAAGCUGACUCUGCUAACCAGGCCCUCAAAUACAUGAACGCUGUCCGCCGCCGCAAAGGUCUGUAUGUGGAAGAGAAGAUAGUAGAACAUGCUGAGAAGCAGAGGACGCUCAGCAAGAACAAGUAGAUUCAGAAACAUAUAGAAGAUAACUCCUGAUAGAAAACAUCUGGAGGAGAUCUAUCCAGGAUUCCAGAUACCUGCUCCACUUCAUGGACUCUUCUAUCAGUGUCGCUCAUGAUUGUUAGCAGAGGAACCGUUGUCAUGUCUACAGAACAGUCUUUCUGUUCAUUAUCUAGAAUAUGUUUCACCCAUAUUUGGGCUCUCUUGAUUAGUUUGGGCAAAUGAUGCAUAUUAAGUAUGUAAAUUUGUAAAAGUCUGUUAUUUAUAUUUAUAUAACAGAUAUUUUUUUCUUCUAAUGGUAACUGUACAUUAAUGCAUAAAGAUAAUGUACGAUAGUAAAUGAUCCUUUAAAUAAAGUGUGCUGAAAUUUU